AUCCCACAUGAGGAUGGGCUGCAAACACAGUUCUUGGGUAUCCGAGGAGGAGAACCAGGGCCAAAGAACCGGACAGAGCUGCAGCCAGAGCUCAGAGCUGGGGUUCCAUGAGCAUCUUCAUGAUGCGGAUAAGCCCCACAAGUGUUCAAAUUGUGGGAAGAGCUUCAGCAAGAGAUCCUCCCUGAUCUGACACUGGAGAAUCCACAUGGGGGAACGGCCCUAUGAAUGUGGGGAGUGUGGAAAGAGCUUCAGUACGAGAUUCAAACUGAUCCGCCACCAGAUGAUCCACACUGGGGAGAGGCCCUAUGAAUGUGACAUACGCAGGAAGAGGUUUCAGACCAGCUCCAAUCUCGUCAUGCAUCAGCGGAUUCACACAGAAGAGAGGCCCUUCCGCUGCCCUGACUGUGGGAAGGGCUUCAAAUACAACUCCCGCCUUGUCUCCCACAGGCGCAUCCACACUGGGGAGAUGCCCUAUGAGUGUGGGCAGUGUGGGAAGUGCUUCAGGACAAGCUCUGAACUGAUUGUCCACCAAAGGAUCCACACAGGGGAACAGCCCUAUGAGUGUGAUAAAUGCAGCAAGAGGUUUCUGACCAGCUCCAGUCUCCUCCUGCACCAGCGCAUUCACAUAGAGGAGAGGCCCUUCUGCUGCCCCGACUACAGGAAGGGCUUCAGGCACAACUCCAACCUCGUCACCCACCGGCGCAUCCACACUGGGGAGAGGCCCUAUGAGUGUUCUGAGUGUGGGAAGAGCUUUUCACAGAGCUCUCACCUGGUGGUCCAUGAGCAGCUUCACGAUGGGAAGAAGCCCCACAAGUGCUCAAAAGUUGGGAAGAGCUUCAGUCAGAAAUCCAACCUCAUCUGCCACUGGAGAAUCCACACGGGGGAGCGGCCCUAUGAACGUGGGGAAUGCGGAAAGAGCUUCAGGAUAAGUUCAGAAUUGACUGUCCACCAAAGGAGCCACACAGGGGAGAGGCCCUUUGAGUGUGAUAAGUGCUGGAAGAGAUUUCAGAGCAGUUCUGAUCUGCUCAAGCACUAUCGCAUUCACAUGGAUGAGAGGCCCUUCUGCUGCCCUGACUGUGGGAGGGGCGUCAAGCAAAACUGCACCCUCGUCAGGCACCGGCGCAUCCACACCGGGGAGACGCCCUACGGGUGUGGGGAGUGUGGGAGGAGAUUCUCACAGCACUCUAACUUGAUCAUACACCAACAGAGUUUCCACUAA